CUCCCUUCCACUUCCGGCCCCUCCUCUUCCGCCGCCGCCAUCUUGGCGGCCCCGGCCCGGGGCGCUCAGGGGCUCCAGCGGCGCCGGGACCCCCCCGGGACCCUCCUCCGGGUCCUUUCCUCCCCUCCUCCAGCUCCCACAUCCUUCCCUCCCAGGCUCCCUUCCUCCCUCCAGGACCUCCUUCUCCCCACCUCCCUCUCCGGUCUCAGGCCCCGAGCCACCCCGGGGGGGAUCCUUCCGCUCCCUCCCCACUGAAGGCCUCAGGAUCCCCCCCCCGCUACCCCCGGGAGCUCUCCCAGGUCCUUCCCUUCCCUCCGGUUCCCUCCUGGACCCCACACCCCCUUCCCCGCUUCCUUCUUUCCCUCCUAGCGCCCCGGGACACCUCCGCCUGCUCCCCCCAGUCCUUCUUCUCUGCCCCGGGACCUCUCCGGUUGCCUCCGCGGUCCCUGAGACCUCCCUCGCAGCUCACUCAGGGCCUCCCCUGAACCUUUAUUCCCUCCCCUUGCCCUCCGGUCGUGUCCCCCCCGAGUCCUCCCCUUGCCCUCCGCUCCCCUCCCGGUUCCUCCCCGCUCCUUCCGACGACCCCCCCAAGACUCCCCUCCGGUGCUGACCCUCCCCCGAUGUGGUCCUCCCCCAUGCCCGACACCCACCGGCAGCACUGGGCCGCUCUGGUGGCAGCUGCCGAAAGCUACCGAGGAGCAACCGGAGCUGAAAUCGUUUUGUUAACGGCAUGGGGGGGAGGAGGAGGACCUGGAGCUAGCAUAGGGGGAGGGGUCUCCGGUACCGGGUUAAAGGGGGAGGGGUCUUUGUUCUACGCCCACCACGGUCCCGGUCCCCUGGGGGCUGCCGUUCGCCGUUUCCUGCCUGACGUCGCCGCCGCUCACCGGGCACUGGCCGGGGCCCCCUCCCCAUUCUCAUCCUCCUCCGGUAACCCCCUCGCGGUUCCCCUCCCCCCCUCCCCAGCUCCGCGCCUUACCGGGACCUCUCCCGUUCAUCCCGGACCCCCCCCACCGACUGUUGCUCUCCCCCCGCGGGGUUCCGGUGCUAACCCCAUGGGGGGGGUAGGGGGGGGGAGGAAGAGGAGGAGGAGGAAAGGAGGAGGAGGGGGAGGGACUCCCAGUGACGUCACCGGUCUGUUCCUGAUGGACGAGGAGGAACCUCCGAGCCCUGAGUCCGAACCGGAGAGCCCUGACGCAGAGAGCAGCUCCCCCCCCGGGCUCGCCGCCGCCCCCUUCCCGGCGCUGCCCUCCGCAGGGCCUCCUCCCCGCCUCCUGGCUCGCUCCUUGCCGGUUUCGGUCCCGGCCUGGCCCCUGCGACCCCCUCCGGGGCCUAGAGCGCCCCCUGGGGACGGCGCCGGGCACAAGGCGUCCCCCCCCGACCUGGAGCGCAUUGCAGCCUCCAUGAGGGCUUUGGCUCUGCGGCGGGGGGGCGACGGCACCGAAAUGUUUGGGGACCUCCCCCCACGACCUCGACUUUUAGCUGGGGACCCACAGUGACCCCCCCAAAACAAAUUCUCUCCCACUUCCCCUCCUCAGAUCCCUCUCCCUCCGAGGAGCUCCACACAGAGUUGCAUGCAAAUUUGAGGGGGGGUGGGCUCCAAAAUGUUCUCUCCCCCCCCCCCCCAAAAAGCUUUGAGGGGGGGUCGCAAAUUUACUUCCCUUUCCCCUCCCCAUUUAAAAAUUUCUCAUCGAAGUGAAUGUAAAAAAUGGGGGGGGGAAGGGGGCAGAAUUUUGCAGGCCUCCCCCCCCAAAAUGUAAGGGGGGGUCGGGAAUGUGUACCCCCCCCCAAAAUAACUUCGGGGUGGGGGGGCUGAGAGUGAAGCUUGAAAUAAUGGAGCCCCCCCCCUUAAGGGGGAUCCCAAAAUACUAGGGAGACCCCAAAGGAUUUGGAGGGGGUCAGCGUUUGGGGGGGGUCCAAAGCUACUGGGAGGGGGACAGAGAAUAUUGAGGGGGGUCAAAAGUUACUGCAAGGGACCCCUGGGGGGGUUCAAUGUUUGGAGGGGUCCAAAUAUAUGAGGGGGGGUUUAAAUGUCCCUUGAAAUGAUAGCAGAGAGUGAAGCUAUUGAGGUUCCCCCUCAAAAAUAGAUGGGGGGACCCCCUCAGGACCCCCCCAAUUUAUUUGGGAUCUCCCCAAACACUACAUUCUCCUUCCCCCAACACUAUGUCCUUCCCCCCCCCCCCCCAUUCUCUCCCUACUCCCACAAGUGUCUUAUUUGGGCCCCCCUCCUUGCACAGGAAGAAUCUGGGGGGGGUUAAAAGCGAGGGGAGGGAGGGCAGAAGUUAUUGGGGGGGCCCGAAGAAUUCUGGGGCUCCCCCCCGCGGUUUUGGGGGGAUUUGGCCCCGUUUGGGGUCUCUUUCCCUCGCCCCUUUUUUAUAGCAGAGUUUGGGGGCGGGAGGGAAGGAGGCUCCGCCCCCUCUAUUUUUGUCCAAAGAUGAUUGGCUAAUAAAGUGUCAGUUUUAGCA